ACAGUGUUCUAUUUCAUAAAUUUAUUUUCUUUAUCAUUUUACAUUCGAGUGGACAUUAAUAAUUUUUUUCUUUUUGCAAAAGAAAAAAAGUUCGUGGCAUUAUGAUUGAAAAAAGUUUUCGAAUCUCAUUGUUAUUUUCACUAUUGGCUUUAAAUUAUUAUUCAGUUGCUCAAUAUUUUGAUAAUCCUCAAAAGUUUGAGUUUGAACCAAAUUGGGAGAGUUUGGAUAAACGAACUUUGCCUUCUUGGUACGAUGAUGCAAAAUUUGGAAUUUUCAUUCAUUGGGGUGUGUACAGUGUUCCCAGUCUUGGAUCCGAAUGGUUUUGGAAAAGUUGGAAAGAUGGAAAUCUCAUUAUCAAUAAUUUUAUGAAAAAGAAUUAUCCCCCUAAUUUUUCGUAUCAAGAAUUCGGUCGCGAAUUUACUGGCGAAUUUUUCGAUGCUGCAAAGUGGAGUCAACUUUUUAAAGAUUCAGGUGCAAAGUACGUUGUCUUGACGAGUAAACAUCACGAUGGUUUUGCACUUUGGCCAUCGAAAUAUUCCUACAGUUGGAAUUCCGUCGAUGUUGGUCCUCAUCGUGACAUAAUAGGUGAAUUGUCGAAUGCAAUCCGAGCAAAAACGAAUUUAACGUUUGGACUUUAUCACUCUCUCUAUGAAUGGUUUCAUCCACUUUACUUGGAGGACAAAAGGAACAAUUUUAAAACGAAUAAAUUUGUUGUGGACAAAGUUAUUCCACAAUUGUGGGAGCUUAUUGAUUUGUAUAAACCGGAAAUUCUUUGGUCUGAUGGCGAUUGGGAAGCUCCUGAUGAUUAUUGGUCGUCGACGAAAAUUCUCAGUUGGCUUUAUAAUUUGAGUUCAGUGAGAAAAACCAUUGUUGUUAAUGAUCGAUGGGGUAUUAACGUAACUUGUCGUCAUGGAGAUUUUUAUACAUGUUCUGAUCGUUAUAAUCCAGGAGUUUUAAUAAAACACAAAUGGGAAAAUGCAAUGACAAUUGAUCGAAAGUCUUGGGGCUUUCGAAGGAAUGCUGAUUUAAAGGAUUACAUGUCUGUUCGAGAUUUGGUUCGAGAAUUGGUAGUCACAGUGAGCUGUAAUGGAAAUUUAUUAAUGAAUGUAGGUCCCACUAAGGAUGGAAUUAUAAGUCCAAUUUAUGAAGAACGACUUCGAGGAAUGGGAUCUUGGCUCUCUGUAAAUGGAGAAGCAAUUUACAAUACAAGACCUUGGAAAACUCAAAACGAUACACUAUCUGGAGAUGUUUGGUACACGGAGAGCAAAAAUGGCGAAAAAUUAUACGCCACUUUUCUCUCAUGGCCAAAAAAUAAUAUUGUCAAAUUAGGAAGUGUCUCGUUAUUAUCUUCAGCUACUGUUGAAUUUCUUGGCCUCGAAAAAAAACUCACUUGGCAAAAAAAGUCUUCUGAACUGUGGAUAAAUCUACCUGAAAGUGCUCCAAAAGAAGAGCCUGCAUGGGUACUAAUAUUAAAACAAUACAUUUCGAUUGAUAAAUAGAAAAAGAAAUUUUUUUGAAAAAACUGUGUAAAUAGAUUUUGCUUUUUUAAAAAAAGAAAU